AUGGCCUCCGGCGACAUCUCAUUAGAACAAAUCAAGAACGAAAGCAUCGACCUUGAGCGAAUUCCUGUGGAGGAAGUGUUCGAACAGCUAAAAUGUACACGAGAGGGUUUGUCGACUACAGAAGGUGAGAGGCGGCUUCAAAUUUUCGGCCUGAAUAAGCUUGAAGAGAAAAAGGAAAGCAAGUUUCUCAAGUUUCUGGGUUUUAUGUGGAACCCUCUGUCAUGGGUCAUGGAAGCUGCUGCAGUCAUGGCCAUUGCUUUGGCUAAUGGAGGGGGAAAGCCACCAGAUUGGCAAGACUUCGUCGGCAUUGUGACGUUGUUGAUCAUCAAUUCAACUAUUAGCUUUAUUGAGGAGAACAACGCAGGAAAUGCUGCGGCUGCUUUGAUGGCUGGUCUAGCCCCUAAAACCAAGGUAUUGAGAGAUGGCAACUGGAAUGAGCAAGAGGCCGCGAUCCUAGUACCUGGAGAUGUCAUUAGCAUCAAGUUAGGAGACAUUGUCCCUGCCGACGCUCGUCUCUUGGAAGGAGAUCCCCUCAAGAUUGAUCAGUCUGCGCUCACCGGUGAGUCGUUGCCUGUGACAAAGAAUCCGGGUGAUGAAGUUUUUUCAGGUUCCACGUGCAAGCAAGGUGAGAUUGAGGCUAUUGUUAUCGCCACUGGCGUCCAUACCUUCUUUGGCAAGGCAGCCCACCUUGUCGACAGUACAAACCAAGUUGGUCACUUCCAAAAGGUGUUGACGGCUAUCGGGAACUUCUGCAUUUGCUCGAUUGUGUUGGGCAUGCUAGUUGAAAUAGUAGUGAUGUACCCGAUCCAACAUAGGAGCUACAGAGAUGGUAUCGACAACUUGUUGGUCCUUCUCAUUGGAGGGAUCCCGAUCGCAAUGCCCACGGUUUUGUCUGUCACGAUGGCCAUUGGGUCUCACCGACUCUCACAACAAGGCGCCAUCACCAAGAGGAUGACUGCCAUAGAGGAGAUGGCCGGGAUGGACGUACUCUGCAGCGACAAGACUGGCACUCUCACCCUGAACAAGCUCAGUGUUGACAAGAGCUUGAUCGAGGUCAGUAUUUCCAACGGAUGCAGAAAGGACACUGUUAUGUUGCUUGCUGCCAGGGCAUCCAGGGUUGAGAACCAGGAUGCAAUUGAUGCUUCAAUCGUCGGAACGUUGGCCGACCCCAAAGAGGCAAGGGCUGGAAUUACAGAGGUGCAUUUCCUACCUUUCAACCCGGUCGACAAGCGCACUGCGAUCACCUACAUCGACGGUAACGGCAAUUGGCAUAGAUGCAGCAAGGGUGCUCCAGAACAGAUCAUGGACCUUUGCAAUCUCAGAGGGGACGCAAAGAAAAAAGCCCAUUCGUUCAUCGACAAUUUUGCCGCACGUGGCCUCCGUUCACUUGCUGUUGCUCGACAGAUGGUUCCUGAGAAGACCAAGGAGAGCGAAGGAGGGCCAUGGGAGUUCGUCGGUCUCCUGUCUUUGUUUGAUCCUCCGAGGCAUGAUAGUGCAGAGACUAUCCGCCGUGCCCUCAACCUUGGUGUCAACGUGAAGAUGAUCACCGGUGAUCAACUCGCUAUUGGCAAAGAGACUGGCCGCAGGCUUGGCAUGGGUACCAAUAUGUAUCCAUCAUCUUCUCUUCUUGGUGAGAGUAAGGAUGAGUCAAUUGCAUCAAUUCCCGUCGAAGAGCUCAUUGAAAAAGCUGACGGAUUUGCCGGUGUCUUCCCUGAGCACAAAUAUGAAAUUGUUAAGAAGCUCCAGGAGAGGAAGCACAUUUGUGGAAUGACUGGAGAUGGUGUCAAUGACGCGCCCGCACUUAAAAAGGCAGAUAUCGGCAUUGCGGUGGCGGAUGCAACCGAUGCAGCUCGAAGUGCAUCAGAUAUUGUCUUGACAGAGCCGGGACUGAGUGUAAUCGUAAGUGCCGUGUUGACAAGCAGGGCCAUAUUCCAAAGGAUGAAGAACUACACCAUCUAUGCCGUCUCCAUCACAAUCCGUAUCGUGCUGGGUUUCCUGCUCGUGGCUCUCAUUUGGAAGUUCGAUUUUUCGCCUUUCAUGGUUCUCAUUAUUGCCAUCCUAAACGACGGGACCAUCAUGACCAUCUCUAAGGACAGAGUGAAGCCUUCUCCGGUUCCCGACUCGUGGAAGCUCAAGGAGAUCUUUGCCACCGGCGUAGUUCUGGGAACCUAUCUUGCCCUAAUGACAGUGCUCUUCUUCUGGCUUGCGCAUGAUACUGACUUCUUCCCCAAUACAUUCGGUGUGAGGCCGAUCAAAGGAAGCGAAGAUGAGCUAACUGCGGCGCUCUAUCUCCAAGUCAGCAUCAUUAGUCAAGCACUCAUCUUUGUAACCCGAUCGCGAAGCUGGUCCUUUGUUGAGCGCCCUGGACUCUUGCUUGCCGGUGCCUUCCUCGCUGCACAAUUGGUGGCAACGCUCAUUGCCGUGUACGCAACCUGGGGCUUUGCUAGGGUUCAAGGCAUCGGAUGGGGAUGGGCUGGAUUGAUCUGGAUCUUCAGCGUCAUCACGUACUUCCCACUCGACGUCAUCAAGUUCUUGAUCCGCUACACAUUAACCGGCAAGGCUUGGGACAAUAUGUUACAGAGCAAGACUGCAUUCACAAACAAGACGGACUAUGGCAAGGGCCAGAGGGAGGCGCAAUGGGCUUUGGCUGAGAGGACGCUCCAUGGUCUUCAGACCCCACCAUCACUGUUCAAUGACAAGAGCAGCUACCGGGAGUUGUCCGAGAUUGCCGAGCAGGCCAGGAGACGUGCUGAAGUCGCGAGGCUAAGGGAGCUCCACACGCUUAAGGGACAUGUUGACUCAGUGGUGAAGUUGAAGGGGAUGGACAUUGAAACCAUUCAACAACACUAUACGGUUUGAUUUAUCGAGUUGAUGUCAUAAACAAAGGAGGUACAAGUUUUGUUUUAAAGUGUAGGGAAGGAAGAAGAAAGGAGACAGGAGAGGUUUUAGUUUUCUUCUGCGACCUUUCUUUUCGUUUAGUAUUAUGAUAUUAGGAGGUUAAGGUUACUCGUUAGUUGUUGCC